AUGGUCCCAGAGAAGGAAAUUAGCUGUAUUGACCAAAGGUCAAAGUCUUCUGACAAUGAUUUGUCUUUAAUAUUAAUUCCACAGUGGAAAUUCGAUGGGGAGUUCGCCAAACUCUACCAGUUCUUGUGCAUUGUUGCUUCUGCCUCUUCUACUGAAGAGGCAAAUGCUCUCCUAAAAUGGAAAGCUAGCUUUACAAACCAAACACAAUCUCGGUUAACUUCUUGGACUCUGCUUUCUCCUAAUGCCACCAACCCUAAGGCACUCACAACCCCAUGUUCUUGGCUUGGAAUUUCAUGCAAUUUAGCUAGAAGUGUCAUCAAAAUAAAUCUUACCAGUUUCGGUUUAAAUGGUACGUUGUAUGAGUUUUCAACCUCCUCUUUCCCUCAUCUUAAAUAUGUUGAUCUUGCAGUAAAUUCACUCUCUGAUGUUAUUCCAUCUCAGAUUGGUAAUCUAUCAAAGCUCAUCUAUCUUGAUCUAUCCUCUAAUCAAUUCUCUGGAAAAAUCCCACCUGAAAUUGGCCUCCUAACAAAUCUUCAGGUCUUGCACCUUGUUGAAAACCAAUUGAAUGGCUCAAUUCCAUCUGAAAUUGGUCAAUGUCGAUCUCUUAGUGAGCUUGCCUUGUCUAGCAACAGUCUAGACGGUCAAAUUCCUGCUUCUCUUGGUAAUCUGAAUAAUCUGGUAAGGUUAUUUCUCUUCAAUAAUUCGCUUUCAGGUUUCAUUCCUGUAGAAAUGGGAAAUUUAACCAAUUUGGUGGAACUUUACAUGGAUACCAAUCGUCUUACAGGCCUCAUUCCUUCCAGUUUUGGAAAUUUUACAAAGCUUAUUGUGUUGCAUGCCUUUCACAAUCAACUUUCCGGUCCCAUUCCUGAAGAAUUAGGAAAUUUGAAGUGUCUUGAAGAUCUAAGCCUUCAAGCCAACAAUCUUUCUGGCUCUAUUCCAGCAUCACUGGGUCGGCUGACAAACCACACCUUACUUCAUCUCUAUAGAAAUCAACUUUCUGGUCCCAUUCCUAAAGACCUUGGAAACUUGAAAUCUCUCAUAGAUCUACAGUUGAGUGUAAACCAAUUAAACGGCUCACUUCCUUCUUCUUUUGGCAAUCUAAUUAAUUUAGAAAUAUUAUAUCUUCGCCAAACCAACUUUCUGGAUCCAUUCCUCAAGAAAUAG